GUCACACCACCUCACAUCUCGUCAACUCAGCACUGAAAGAGCAAGAAGUUCGAUUCUCUGCAAAACCGCAUAUUUCAACGUUCCACGCUAACCGCGCACUUCAGAACAGAUUACUCUCAGAGUGAAUCAGUCGACGAGGGAUAACAAUACCAACAGCAGACAGAGAAGAGAGGAGGAAUUUCAUGGCCAUUUUCGUAUUUGGUGCAAAAAUAGUAGGGUUUUCCGCACUGUAACGCAUUGCAGGAUGGAAGACUGAAGUGGGAGCAAUCAAGAGGUAUUCUCCGAAUAGUUGACAAACCCUACAGCCUGAGAGUGAACUGUUCGAGGAAUAUCGCCUACUAGAAAAUUCUAAUCAAUCUCAAUGGCCUGAAAAGUUAUAAUAUGAACAAGAGAUCAUUAGUAGUAGCCCGAUGCUAAGAGUUCCUGAAUGCCAUAGCCUAAUCAUUGCCAGUACCCCACUUGCACUUGCCGCUCGGACAGUCUCUGAAUUUCAACGGAGCCUUCAUUUCAUUGCUGACUGCAAGCGGAGUGGAAAUUAUGAAAUUCGGUCUAAUCAUUUGCCUCUUUGGAACAGCUACCCAUGCUGCAUACUUCUCACAGCAACCACAGGAUGAAAUUGUGGUUGCUGGCCAGUCUGUGACCCUUCCUUGCGUUAUAGUUGGAUAUCGAGGCAUGGUACAAUGGACCAAAGAUGGACUUGCCCUGGGUGGGGAGCGAGAUCUGCCUGGUUGGACAAGAUAUUCAUUAAUGGGUGACCCACUACUAGGGGAGCACAGUCUGUUAAUUCAUUCAGCGGACCUGGCUGAUGAUGCAACUUAUGAGUGUCAGGCCACACAGGCAGCAAUACGCUCACAUAAGGCAAAACUCACUGUCAUAGUGCCACCAGCAGACCCUGUAGUGGAAGGAGCCCCUUUGCUCAGGCUGAAGGCCCAUACCCCGUACAACCUCACCUGUCGGGCCUCAGGGGCAAAACCUGCUGCAGAAAUCACAUGGUACCGGGAUGGAGAGAUCCAGCACACCUCAUUUUAUUCCAAGACCUUCAUGGAUGAUGGAAAAAGGGAAGUGGCAGUUAGUCUCCUAUCCAUAACUCCUGAAGAUAAGGAUUCUGGACGCACCUACACUUGUCGUGUGUUGAACUCUGCAGCACCAGCUGGACGACAGACCUCGGUCACUAUCAGUGUUCAGCACCCACCAUCAGUGACAUUGUCUGUCCAACCACAGAUGGUCUUAGAGGGAGCUAAAGUUACAUUCAUCUGCUCUGGAUCUGCUUAUCCUGAAAUCACUGGAUACAGAUGGUCGAAAGCAGGCAUACCUAUUUCUGAGGCAAAUGGAGACAGCCUGGAGGUGACAGUGGAUCACUCCUUUUUCACUGAUCCUGUCUCCUGUGAAGUCUCGAAUUCCGUUGGCAGCACUAAUGUCAGCACCCUGGUAGAUGUCCACUUUGGCCCCAGACUACUCUCUGAGCCAAAGCCCAUGAUUGUGGACAUAGGAAUGGAGGCAGCCUUCACCUGCUCAUGGACUGGGAAUCCACCUCUCACUAUUGCCUGGACUAAACGAGGAUCCAGCGUGGUCCUCAGUAAUAGUAACACAUUGCAUUUGAAGUCAGUCACUCAGGAAGAUGCAGGAACUUACACAUGCAAGGCCAUUGUUCCUCGUAUUGGUGUGGCUGAGACAGACGUCACCCUCACUGUAAAUGGUCCACCUGUUAUCAUAGCUGACGCUACACAGCGUGCGGUGAGGCACACCAAGGGCAAGCUGGAGUGUUUGGUGAAAAACAGUCCCCCACCAGAGAGAAUUGUAUGGACAUUUGGAGAUUUGAGUCUUGGACCAGGAUCUUAUGACCGAUUCACGGUGCAGACAUUAGAGAGGCCAACUGGAGUUCUCUCUACACUGGUCCUGUCAGAAACCCUUGCUACAGAUUUUCAAAUACACUACAACUGCACAGCUUGGAAUCGUUUUGGUAUGGGUGCUGCAGUGAUCACACUUGAGGAGCAAGAUGCCUUCCCCAUGGUCAUUAUGAUUGGGGCAUUAGUAGGUGGGAGCUGCAUCCUUAUCAUCUGCUCAAUCACUCUUCUCUCAAUUUGCUGCAAACGCUCCAUCACAGGCCAAAUGAGUACGCAACUUACCAAAACUGACCUCAGAGUCCAGAUGGGACAUAAAGAUGACAUCAAUGUACGAGUGAAUGGAGAUUUGAAGGAACCCACAGCUCCACUCAGCAGUGAAUCUCCUGCAACAUCUCACACUGAACACAGUGAUCUGCUGGAUGAGGAUGACGAAAGAUUUGACUUAAAGGACCCCACAAAUGGUUAUUACAAUGUCCGGGAUCAUGAUGACAUAAAAAUUCACAGCAACAACUUCUCUGAGUAUUCCUCCACCCUGCAAUCUGUCUACCCUUCAAUGCCCUCACAACCAACUAGUCUGAUGUAUGGCCAGCAAGACAUAUAUGACUACUCUCAUCAAGGCACACAGAGACCCUAUAGACAGGUGUCUGUGCAGCAGACACAGAAUAAUGCUGAGUCUACUGUCUUCAUCACUGAUCCCCUGUGCAAUGGAUCAACUUUCCAUCCUGCUACAAAUGGGCGAGCUUUCACUAGCUACAUGAAGCCCAAUAUUUCCUAUGAGAAAAUAGAUGUCUAUGAACAAUCUGACCAAGCCAGUAAAGUGUCUAGUUCUUCACACCUAUCAUAUGCUUCCUCACAUAUUUCUUCACAGCAGUCUGACUACAGUAGACCCUCACAACAGCACCAGCGUAUGCAAACACAUGUGUGAAAUUUGGGUUAAUGUUUCAUCCUUAAUUUGAGUGGAUUACUGGGAUACCAGGGGAAUAUGAAUAUAUGUACAUACUGUAAACAAAACUUUUAAAUAAAUGAAAAUUGACAACAGAUAAGAAAAUACUUAAGAACUUGACGCACUUAAAAUAGUUCUAGAAAGAAUGUUCUUUUUGGCACAAAUUGGAAAGUGGCCCAAGCCUGUUGUACAUGAACUAUCGAUGCAUAAAUAAAUAAC